AUCACUAUCAUUGACGUAAAAAAAAUUGGAAACGUCGACGUAUGGUGAUCAAAACUUUGUUUUAGCUGUUUCUGUGUUAUUUUGCUAAAUUCAUUGAACGUUUUUAUAUAAUUCUUCAUUGAGGAGUAUCAGUGGACAUAGCAAACCAUGGGUUUAACGAUAUCAAGUGUUUUUACUCGGCUUUUCGGCAAAAAACAGAUGCGUAUUCUAAUGGUGGGGCUUGACGCCGCCGGAAAGACUACAAUACUUUACAAGCUAAAGUUAGGCGAGAUCGUGACUACGAUACCGACAAUCGGCUUCAAUGUGGAGACGGUAGAGUACAAGAACAUCAGCUUCACCGUGUGGGACGUCGGUGGCCAGGAUAAGAUCAGGAAGCUAUGGCGCCACUACUACCAGAACACGCAGGGCUUGAUCUUUGUUGUGGACUCCAGUGACACUAAAAGAUUAGCAGAGGCUGAACAAGAGCUUAGUAGUAUGCUAAAAGAAGACGAACUAAGAGAUGCAGUUGUGUUAGUGUUUGCAAACAAACAGGACAUGCCAAACGCAAUGACUGCUGCCGAGCUUACUAAUGCACUUAAUUUGAACGGACAAAGGAAUCGUCGUUGGUACAUCCAAGCUACAUGUGCGACACAAGGACAAGGAUUAUACGAAGGCCUGGACUGGCUUUCAAAUGAACUCGCCAAGAAGUGAGAUACGGUGUUAUCAACAGCGUAUGGGAAUCAACAUUUUUGAUCAUUUCCCACACUGACUGACAAUUUCCAUUGUUUGUGAAUGAUGAUCUUUAUACUGAUCCAAAGGACUAUGUAAUUUUACGUAUCUAAUUAAGAUCUAAGCUGUAAGGGACUCAGUCUUCAUUGUUCACUCACAAUAUUGUUUAGGGAGUUUUGGUGUCAAAAUUUUAGUAUUUCUUAUUAAAAAAUUAAGACCUUUUAGAGCCUUUUUCUCAUUAUACUAAAUAUUGUUUGCAGGUUGUGAAAAGGGCUCUAAGUAGUUAUCAAAGUUAGACUAAUCAUGUAACGUUUUGGUCUGUGUUUAAGUUUUUCGGUAAUAUUUUACUGUUUUGUGUAGUUUGUAAUAUUAAUGGAGUAAUUCUACUGUAUAUCUCGUUUAUGCAUUUUAAAACUCCUAAUAAGCACAACAGGUAAUGUUUAUUAUACUAUCAACACACAUGCUUAUCAAUUAUACAUAAUGCCUGUAAUAUUGACAAUAAACAGUGUUUGUCAUACAAUGUGCAUACUAUUAUUAAUAUAAAUUAUUCAGUAGCUAGAUAUUUAUCAAUAUUAAUUAUAUUUUAUUUUGGUCUUUUAAAAAAAGUAUUGUUUGACUAUUUUGUGUCACAGUCAGCCAAACAAUGUUUCUUACAACAGAUUUAUGAUUGGGUUUGAAAUUCAAGAUACAUUCCUAACAAAACUGAAUUUGGCAGAUUCUUCUAUUGCUGGUAGUUUUUUAAGUUGUUAAAUUGUUAUUAUUAAUAGCAACUGCAUAACACAAUCAGACUGGGUGGUAUGCUUUUGUUAUUUGACAAUUUCAUUGUAUUUCAUGAUGCUGAAAUGGUAAUACAUAAACAGAUUCAUUGCCAUGUAAUUCUUGCUAUGUUUAUGUUCAUAAUAUUCACUUCAUAAGUAUGAUUGCAAUAUGGUGGUGUAUAUAUUUUAUAAUGACCUAUUGGCCAAAUAUAUAAGGUGUAAUUUUUUGUACUGAUCAUACUUUACCAAGGCAUCUAAUAAAAUCAUACAAAUACAACCCAAGUGUUUUUAAAAAAAAAAUCAGGCUAGUUUUUGUUUUUACUUUUCCUAACAAAAAAAAGAUAUUAUUUUUACAACCAUCCUGUCUUCACUCACUGCCUCUCUCUCUUUCUUUACUCAUUUCAUUCAUACGAGUACGAACAAUGGCCGCGCGCGUUCAUUCAACGUUCACACACAUAAAGGUUAGAUUACACUAAGCCUACGUUACCAAAAAUUAUCACUCGUGAGUAUGUACGAUGUUACGUCAUGUUAAUAGGUACUACGCGCUGGGAGAAACAAAAUCUAGCUACAUAAGUAGGUAAAUAAGUGUAUUUUCAUUAGUGUAAUAGCGGGGGACUUUUCCAACGAACCGAGGCGAAUCAUCCGCGUUAAACUAGAAAUUUAAAAAAGGAUAGAAAUUGGAAUUCAAUAUCUACGGUUUCGUAAUGCCUACGCAAUUUAUUUAGAGACGUAAUAAAAAAUUGAUAGGUACAUACCUAUUACUACUUCGCUUCGCUUCAGUGGAAAUGCACCCUAAUAUUGAAUAUGAAUAGGUGUUGUAAAUAAAACUCACUGAUCAA